GAUUGGUAUUCCUUGCCUGAGGAGGCUGCAGAAGUCCUCGGCGUGGAGGAGGAGGAAAGCGAGAGCCGUUCCAGGCCCUCGGCCCCUUCUCGGAAAGUGCAGCACACGGAGCUGUACGAUGUCUUGGAUGUGCACCCUCAGGCCACGGAAGCCGAAAUCCGCAAAGCUUUCUACAAGAAGUCUCUGGCUCUGCAUCCCGACAAAAAUCCCGACAACCCGGAAGCCACGAAGCAGUUCCAGGCCGUCAGCGACGCUUACCGGAUCCUCGGCGAUGAGGAACGAAGGCGAGCCUACGACGAGCUGGGCAAGGAUACUGCUGCUGCCAACCUUCCGAAGAUAGAGCCUGUGGUGUUCUUCGCAGCGCUUUUCGGGACCCACCACUUCGAACCGUUCGUGGGCCGCUUGCGGCUGGCCCAAGACAUCGACACAGACAUGCAGCUGAUGAUGCGUGACAUUAUCGCUGCAGAAGACGAGGAAAGUGGGCAGUUGGUCCUGGAGAGGCGCCGGCAAGUGCAGUGUGCUGUUAACUUGGGCGAUUGGGAGGCCGAGCAGAGGGCCGAGGUAAAGCGCUUGUCACAGGUGCCGUGGGGCGCCGAGAUGUUGUACUUGAUCGGCUGGCUCUACGUCAAUGGUGCUGAGCAGUGGAUGCGGGGCAGUGCUGUCUCCCGUCUGGCGGCGAAGAUGCACGCCAAGGCGCACCUCCUGAAAUCCAAGGGGGAGCUCGCUGCAUCAGCAGGAAGGACCGCGCUGACCGUGAAUAGCAUCAUGAAGACGGUGGAGAAGAAGAAGUCGCAGCAAGCCAGCGAAAGGACUCCUUCGGAAGAAGCCGGCAAGGCGGACCCCAAGACCCCAGGCGAUUCCUCGACUGGAAAGGAGGAGUCGUCGAGUGCAGGCGGGGUGCCGCAAAGCAGCUCCCCAGGCCAUGGUGGCGAGAAGCCCGCCAGCGAAAAGGCCACCGACCAAAGCGCUGCCAGCGAAAAGACGGCCGGCGAGAAGACUGCCUGUCGGGCUCAGGAAAGACUGAGACCUGGCACCGUGGUUGUCCUUUGCAACCUCAGGACCAACCCAGAGCUCAACGAAGAGGUCGCUGUCAUCGAAGACUUCGACGCAUCGUCUGGGAGGUACGUCGUCCACUUCCUGUCCGAAGGCUUGGAGCCCCGGAGGCUCAAAGCCGAGAAUCUGGUGGUCAUGGAGGAUUCUGCUCGCGAGGACACGGCGUCGGGAGGCCCGGACGCCGGUUCGGCAUCCUCAGCCCCGUCGGCGAAAGACCGGAAGGACUCCUCGGAAGAUGCCCACUGGGCUCCAGGAGGGGAGGAUGCCGAAGUGGCAGAAGCCUUCAAGGACACGAUGCCGCUCUUCCACGACACCCUGUGGAAAGUCACUGCCAUCGACAUUGAGUUCACCCUUGCCAGAGUGAUGCGAAGGGUGCUGCGGGACAUGUCCGUCGACAAGCCGACCCGGCAGCAUCGAGCAGAGGCGCUUCGCAGCUUGGGCAAGAUCAUGCAGGAGCCCAUGAAGGAGAGGCAAGCUGAUCAAAGCUCUGCUAAACUCGCCGUCGAGGAG